AUGUCUCAGGCCUUCCAUCUCAGCGCGUCAGUCGGCAACCUCUACAGCACAAAUACGAUGAUUGAGGCUGUCAAGCGGAGGCUGAAUCCUCAGUUGCCGGCGGUUAUCCCAUACCUUGUUGACGAGUGCGAUCAUGCAUUCAGUGCGGAGCUUAACAAUGCCAAAGACGGAGCGUCUUUCAACGCCAUGGGGAUUUGCUCAACUCUGAUGCACCGAGUGACCAGUCGUAUUUUGAUUGGAGAGGAGCUAUGUCGCAAUCCCGACUAUAUUCGCCUUUCGAUGAAAUUUUCCGAGUCGGUCUUUCGGAACGGUGUGAUGUUGUCAACCUUGCCGUGGGGUCCCCUACGCCCCCUUGUUUCUUGGAUGGGCUCUGUAUCCCACCGCCGAAACCUGCGACAGGUGAUGAGCCUCGUGGUUCCAGUUGUAGAACAACGCCUGGCCAACAUAGAGGCCAACCCCACUGGCCCCCAGCCGCUAGACAUGGUACAAUGGACACUUGAGUUGGCAGGAGCCGGAAGUGAGCGCACACCCACAAGAUUGGCUCAUCAAAUCCUGCAGAAUCUAUGGGCCGGGAGCGGCGCACCCGGAGGCCUUUUGACUCAGAUGGUGUACCAAGUGCUCUGGUGCCCUGAAUACUUAGACCCCAUGCGAAAGGAAGUCAAAGCAUCAGUGAACGCACACGGGUGGACAGAUAAAAUGUUAAACAAUAUCCCCAUGGUCGACAGCUUUCUUCGCGAAACCAACCGCCUGCAUCCAAAUGGAGUUGUAACGGCCGCGAGAACCGUGAUGGGGAAAGCCUUUGAGAUGCAUGACGGACAGAUACUGCCCCGUGGUACGCGGAUCGCGUUCCCUGCGCGUGCCAUCAUGUGCGACGAGGAUAAUUUCGAGAGUCCGUAUGAGUUUGACGGGUUUCGCUUCGCCCGCUUGAUGGCCAACAAGACCUCCACGUCAGAAGGGCAAUUGUAUAAUUCAGCGACUGUGACCAAGACAAAUCUGGCGUUCGGCUACGGCAAACAUUCGUGUGUGGGACGAUUCUAUGCGGUCCGUAAGAUUAAACUCGUGUUCUGUCGCCUCAUUUUGGACUAUCAUCUGGAAUGGGAGGGCACAGUAACGGAACGGCCUCGCAGUAUGUGCAUUGAGGGUCAAAUGGUUCCGGAUCUUGAUCAAAAGAUUCGAAUCAAGCGAAGACAGACAGCGUAG